AGGUUCGUUCUAUAACAUUGAUCUAGAUUGAAGUAUACAUGCUUAUAUAUAUAAAUCCACGAAAAUCCAUUUAUGGCGUUAAAUUGCCACGGUGUACAUAAUAUAUAGAAGUACGACGCAGUAGUUUUGGAUCAUUGGAAUAGCUCGAAUCGUUAUUAUGCUUUUGAAGGCAUUCAAAUUCGUAUGACAGCUCGCCGUCUGCCUGUUUGUGGUCAUUCGUGCAUCUCAUUUAAUUUGUAUACCAACGAUCGUAACCUGCAGUAGUGCCCGAUGCAUGUACAGUUUUUGUUGCAAACUCUCGAAAAUUUAACAUCUAUUUGAACUUGAUCCCUUUUUUUAUCAUCGUUUCGCCUAUAAGACUCGGGCGGUCGGUAGACCAGUGCUUGUUUUUUUUUUUCGAAAAUCUUCUCCGCGGUACACACACAGUACACACAUGAGGCCGACAGUCGCCGCCGCGUGUUUGGCCGUCGUGGCUGCGGUGGCUGCGGUCACGGCGGACGCGUCCGGCCUGGACCUGGUGCUGCUCCACACCAACGACAUGCACAGCCGGUUCGACGAGACGGACCUGUACUGCAACGAGUGCCGCGAAGACGACGCGUCGCUGGGCCGGUGCUACGGCGGGUUCGCGCGGGUCGCCCAGUUCGUGAAAGACCAGCGGCGAUUGGCCAACGAGAGCGGCUUGCCGUCCCUGUUCCUGGUUGCCGGCGACACGUUCCAGGGCACGCCGUACUUCUCGUUCUUCGAGUGGAGACCCGUCGUCGAUUUCAUCAACCAACUGCAACCCGACGUCAUGACUUUGGGGAAUCACGAGUUCGACCACGGUGUCAGCACUCUUUUGUCAUACUUAAACGGAAUUCAAGGCAUACCUACAGUAGUAUCCAACUUGAAUAUGACGGCAGAACCGGAAUUAAAUAAUUUCGUAUUGCCGUCAUUAGUACUCACCAUAAACAACACAAAAGUGGGCAUCGUUGGAUGCUUGACAACAGAUACUCCGACCAUAUCUAGUUCCGGAGCUGUUGGAUUUUUUGACGAAGUUGAGUCUUUGAAGAAUGAAACAAAGAAGUUACUCAAUAACGGUGUAAAUAUAAUUAUCUGCCUUAGCCAUAGUGGCAUCGAAAAAGACAAAAUAAUUGCUAAAGAAGUGGAAGACAUCGAUAUAAUUGUUGGGGGACAUUCACAUACAUUUUUGUAUUCCGAUACUCCACCCAGCAUUGAAAAACCGUAUGGACCAUAUCCACUAUACGUUACAAACGUUAAAAAUAAACCUAUACCAAUAUUACAAGCAUAUGCAAAUACCAAAUACGUGGGAAAAGUUAUUUUAAAAUUUGAUUCUAAUGGUGAAUUAGUAAAUAUCGAUGGUUCGCCGACAUUAUUAAAUCAUGAAAUAAAACAAGAUCCAACAAUGUUGACCGUGGUCGAUGUAUGGAAACCACAAGUAACCAGCAUUACAGACGUUACAAUUGGGCGUACGGCAGUGGAGUUGAUAAACUGGUGUCGUGGAGAAGAAUGCAACAUAGGUAACCUGAUAGCUGAUUCUUUCGUAUACUACAAUGUUAUGAAAAAAGAAAAAUAUAAUGAGUAUUGGACUGAUGCUCCUAUUGGGAUCGUUCAAGCUGGUGGUAUUCGGACAACAAUCAACGAAACCGAUCAUGACGGUUUCAUCACUUUGGGACAGUUGAUCAACGUCAUUCCGUUUGCUAAUGAUCUUGUCAAAAUUACAAUUUCUGGUUCUACUCUUUUAGAAUCAUUCGAACACAGCGUUUCUGACUACGAAUUGAAUCGUGGCACAUCUAAAUUUUUACAAGUAUCUGGUAUUCUGGUUAAAUAUGAUUUAACACUGAAUCCUGGGAACCGAGUCACCUCAUUGUUUAUUCGAUGUGGUGACUGUAGCGUUCCUAAAUUUGAACCUUUAGUAUUGACUGCAAACUAUACAAUAGUGAUGACCAAUUAUUUGGCGAAUGGUGGUAAUAAUUAUCAGGCAUUUAAAAAAAGAAUGGAUAUCAAAUCACUAGGUAUAGAAGAUUAUAAUGCAACAGCGGUGUAUAUGCAAUCAAUAAGUCCCAUAACGAGUGGAAUAGAUGGCAGAAUCAACGUUAAAUACAACAACAGUAACGAAAAGUCGGCUGGAUUAAGUAUAAAUACGUGGAAUUAUCGAUUAUUAGUAACUAUUUUAAUUAUAACAGUAUUAUUCUUUAACGUUUAAAAUGACCUUUAAUCGUUAACUAUAAACAUUUAAAUAAGUAUAAUAUACAAACAGGUUUAUAUUUUUAUCAUAAUUAUUUUUUGUUAGGUACAUCUGCAAAAUUAGAUAUUUUGUAGCAAAGUUUACAGUGUAAAAAUAAUUUAUUGUAUAGAUUAUAACUUAUAGGUACCUAACAAAAUGUAAUACGUAGACUAGGCUUACCCAUUUUACGAGUACAAUAAUGACGAAGUCAUAAAUAAAUAUUAAUAUUUUUAUA